AUGACAUCCACGGCCACCAAGACAAGCCAUCUAGAACGUACCGCGGCAGAGCCGCGUGACAAGGCAUGCGAUACUCUGACAGUUACUCUCAGAAGGAUCGAUCAAGUCAACCCCCAGAUUCGGCUCUUCCGCCUUGAAACCCCACCCUCGGGUCCUCCCGUCCGAUUCCUCGCCGGUCAAUGGCUUGACGUAUUCGUCCCCAGCGUCGCCAAGGCCGGCGGCUUCACCAUCACCUCCCCACCCUCAAGGGCGCUGCCCUCGGACGCUGGGCCGGGCUAUCUGGAGCUGGCGAUCCAGAAGUCGCCGGACAACCCGCCCGCGGCGUGGCUGUGGCAGGAUAGCUCGGUCGUGCUCGGCCAGGAACUGCAGGUCCGCAUCGGCGGAUCGUUCGUCUGGCCGGCCCCCGGGGUUGAUGCGCAGACGCUGCGGAGGGUCGUCUUCGUUGCCGGCGGCGUAGGUAUCAACCCCUUGGUAAGUAUGCUCAGCGAUAUUUCCGAGGGGGCAAGCAACGAGCUGGAGGUCAAAUUCUUGUACUCGAUGAAGGACCCAGGCGGGGACAGGGACGCCGGCAGUAUGCUCUUCCUUGAGCGAUUGGCUGCCAUAUUCGCCAGGCAGAAAGUGAAGGGGGAGUUGAAACUGUUUCUCACAGGUGGAAAUGAGGAAAAUGGUACAGUCAACUGUAAUGAGUCCGAUAUACCGUUCCUCGGGCGUCGGAUAGAGAAUAAGGAUGUAGAGGAGGCUGUGGGUGGACCAGACGAGAGGAGUUCCGCCGUGGUCUAUGUAUGUGGUGUUCCGACGAUGACGGACACGUUUGUGAAGGACUUGACUGCAAAGGACGGAUUUGGCAUGGCGCCGCAUACGGUGUUAUGUGAAAAAUGGUGGUAG